AUGGUAGAUAGCAGGAACCUUCCCCGUCCGCCUGCGGCUGCAUUUGCAGAGCUUCCGAGGUCCUCAAAGAAAUCCGCAACGCGAAGUGAGGGCUUCGCUUCGAGGGAGGGAACCCCAACGGGACCCCCGAGGCUCCUGUCUGUUGGAGGAAGAGAAGGUCCUGGACAGCAGAUCAAUGGAGAUUACGAGCUCUUGGAGGGCACGCGACCGCACGGCCGACCCUGCUGGCUGCGCCGGGGCAAGCCGCUACCAAACACCGGAACAAACGGACUGGCAGAGCACGACGGCGAGCUGCGGCCGUUGUACCUUUUCUUCGGUGAAAUGGGCUACUGGAGCAUUGCCGCGUCAGUCCUUGCAGCAGGAGUGCACGUGUUGGCACGGUGCGGUCCCGACUUCUCGUCGUCAUCGCCUGAUAUGUGUACGCUGCCGUGGACGGUGUUUGCCUUUGGGAAGGCACAGCGAGAUGCCAGCAUCUUGUGCUUCCGACACGACCUAUCGGCGGAUGUACCAAAGGUGUUGAAUGUCUCCGGCUGCAGAGGAGAUCAUGGGCAGCUGAAUGGCAGCUACACUCAUUUACAAGGAGUGAGAGUGAGCAGCCGUCCGGUCUUUGUGAAAGACUGCAUCCGUGCUCGUGAGGGUGAGGAAGAAAGGAAGGUCUUGCACUUCUCCCAGCGCUCCGGGAGGUGGUUUAUCUCCAGCGUGAGCUUGGGUUCCUUGGAGGUGGAUCAACUCAGCACAUCCUCCGAUGGGAUGGACCGAACGGACUUCAGUCCACAGUGGCACAAUGCCACAACGCUGGCCAGGCCAGUUUUGGAGAUCCGCGUGCUCUUGGAGACCGAUGUGGUGGAUACCAUUUGUGUAAAAGCUGACGAAGUGAAGGACCUGCCCGGUGAAGCAUUUGAUGUCAUCUGUCAGAGGGCGCAGCAAGCAGUGGGAAACAAGGCCAUCAAGCGCAUCUUCUACGUCGAUGAUGAAGGCGAUGCCUGCACAUUGGCUCCUCCAUCCAUUUCCGAUGCCUUGGACUUGUGCAGAAAUGGAGUCCUGGAGCUGCGCAUCAUGCUGGAGGAGGCGAAAGCCGCAACUGCCCAAAGUCCAAACUCGGCGCCAUCAAUGGUAAGCGAAAGCAGCGAGGAUCAGGCCCUUGUAAGGCACAGUCACCUGAAGAUCGUGCCUGAAGUGCUCAAGGAGGGUGCGACUGCUUUCACUGACAGAAGCUGUGUGUACAAGGGCGUCCCUCAUCAACUUGCUGGGGCCACUCUAUUCAAAACGCGGUAUAUCGUCCCUGAAGACACCGAGUUCACGGUGCAGGCCCGAGCAGGAUCGCUUGUCUAUCUGUUUAGCGAGGCCCACCGUGAUGGUGGCUUUCCUAUGCUCGGCUGGCAGCAAGAAGAUGCUGGGCGUUUUUACUGGCAAGACUUGGACGGCAAAGCUUAUGCACUGAAUCUGUGGAAGAAGAUUCAUCCGGGAGUUGAAGAUGUGAAGAUCCCGGUCAUGAAUUCCCUCGUUGGUGGGAUUGCAGUGCAUCAGGCUGGCCAGCAGGCUGAGGCUGAGGCUGCAAAGGACGCAUCAAAAGCGAACCUUCUUCUGGACAUGCUGAGGAAGACUCAUGGUGGCAACACCCGAGAGGUGCUCAGAGCCUUCGGGCAAGCCAUAUUGCAGUGGCUGAACGAGAUGCAAGAGGAACUGCCAGUUCAGUGCUUGACCCUGCUCUCUCCCCUGCACGCUUUGGCGAAUGGCAGCUUCCGUGAAGAAGAGUUGCUGUCGUAUGCGCAGAUGGCCGUGGAAGCCUACGAGAGCCUCGAGCCCAACAUCAAAAUGGAAGUCCGGGGCAGAUUGCAAGACUUGUCGAAGAUCCUGCGCUCGCCACAGCAAGUCCACCACGGAAUAAUCUGCGAUGGAUGUCAGCAGACUCCCUUGCAGGGCAGACGUUUCAAGUGCAAAGUGUGUCCAGACUACGACCUUUGCCAGACAUGCGUGGAGAAGGAUUGCCACCCUGGACAUGAGUUCGAAGAAGUGCCAGAAUGCCGAGCUCCUUGCAAUGUGUGUCCAAUGUGGCAACCAACAGUUUACUGCGAUGGAUGUGAUGCACACCCUCUGGAAGAAGCGAACCGCUUCAAAUGCACGAUCUGUAAAGACUACGACCUGUGCAAGAACUGCUUCAGCUCCAGGCAGCAUAUCCAUCCCGAGCAUGACAGUUGGGUUCACCAGGGCGCACAAGUUGCAGAAGCUGCUCCUCCCAACACUCAGAGCUUGGAUGCGAAGGCCAGCAUCACCGCCAUGGCAUCCCUGCUGCAGCACAGCGAUCCAAACGUGCGGGCAGCCGCCCACAACGCUCUGGCAAGUGCCGGAGCCACAAGCCAUGCCUCCGAGAAGGUGCAGGAGGACUCAGACAUCAGUGAUGGCUGGGAGAGGCUGGACAAUCUCGACCAGGUUUCUGCGAAGGAGGACUCUGUGUCAGACAGCAAUGAUGGCUGGGACAGGCUGGACAACGUGGAUCAAGCCUCUGCAAAGGUCGUCCAUGCCAGUGUCUUCGCCAACACCGCUGUUGCACACCCCCUGAACCUGGAAAUGAUCCACCAUGGCUGCAAGGUCUUCCGCUUGGCACACCUGGAGAUCAAUCAUUCGGCCUCGACGGAGUCCAGAGCCAUUGUGAAGGCGGUGGUCGUGAACGAUGGCACGGAGCCAUGGCCAGAGGCCUCACUUUUAAAGCUCAGCGAGGGCCCUUCCUGGGGCUUCCGUGAACUGUCUCUUGGAGCUGUUCCACCCGGCGAGACGGUUGAACUGGUACUGGACCUGUCCUUCCUGCCGGGACAUGUGGGCGAUCACGUCGUCUCAGUAUGGUUACCUUCGUACCAUGCCAAGAACUUCAAGUUGGAGAGGGACCUGCCAGACAGGCUUCUCGUAGCAUUGGGCGAUCUUCGGCGGUUUCACGAAGCUCUUCAAUGGGGAGCCCCGUGGAUGACGAUCUUGGGGAUACCUCCGGCACAGCGCAGAUCUGUGCGACUGAGGACUUCGUCCUUUGCCUCCAUUUCCGAGACCUUAGCGGCGGAUCUGAAAGUUUUGGUGGCCUCGCCAUGCUUCUUUGCUGUUGUCGAAACAGGUUUAUCGGGAAGUCUGGCGCUGUACUGUGGGCAUUCAGUGGCGGAUGCUUUGUCGCUGGCUUUGGAGCAAGGUUCGCACGUUUGCCUCCUACACCGGCUUGUCUUUCCAGCGGUUCAGAAGUUGUGCGGCAUGCAGAUGUGCCUCAGUGGAGACUAUGUGCGGUCUGAUCAGCUUUACGGGGAUCGACCCGUUUUCAUCAAGGCUCCACUUCGACAUCGACAAGGUGGCCUCGAGUUGGACGAUAAGCCGAGCCAGGGCCUCGAGCGGACCCUCUUCUUCUUCUAUGACGACAUUCGCCAUCGGUGGCAGGUCGCUCCAGAAGUGGGUGCCAAGGGCUUGAGCGUGCUUGCCCGCAGCCCCGUGGGCUGGGACGAGGUCUUCUCACCGAACGGACCAGAGGCUGCUUUGGUCAGGGAAGUCGGCCCUCCCAGGACAUCGGGCUGCUGGCAGAUCCGGCUCAACGAGCCUGCCCUGGCCAUCCACUCGAGACGUUCGAAGCAAAUGACGGAGAUCCCGCAAGAGGCGUCGCAACUCUUUCAGGACUGCGAGGCUCUGUCUGUCCUUACACUGGAAGAUCGGGCACCCGCACGCACCGUCAGCUUCCAGUACGAAGGGCCAAGUGAAGAGCUCCAGGUGCUUGCAGAGCACCCGCUGGCCGGAGAUUUCAGAUUGCUUCGACAGAGAUACGGAAAGCGUCCGGUAUAUCGCCGCUCCGCUUUGCAGCCUUGUGGACCUGGGCCAGGCUUGCCCGCCCAGCCCGGCUUGUUUCUCUUCUUCGAGCCACGGCUUGGAUACUGGGUCGUGAGUACAAUAUCGCCACUGGCUUCAAGCCACGCUGUCGCGUUUGCCAGACCAGACCUGCCAGGUCGCUUUGGACAGGUCCUGGCCAGGACCGGGCCUGACUGGACACCCGUGCUGCCGCAGGACGCACGCGACUGGGACGCAGCUGACAGCCAGGCCCCGGGUUCCCACUAUCGGCUUGGGCCGGCAAGAGCACCACCCAGCACACUGCUGUCCGAGCAACUGACGCCAACACCGUGGCUGCACUUGGUAGCCCUGGGCACCGACGCACCUCCCAAGAUGGUGUGCCUAAGCGGCUUCGGUGACAGGUUGCAUACUCUCAAUGGCUCAUAUGAGCUGCUGCCAGAGUCCGCGUGGGCAUCCAGAGCCGCAUGGGCACGAGUGCCGUCCGCUGCAGAGGAUGUAGAGUUUCCCAAGUACAUCUUCUUUUGGCCAGAGACAGGCCAUUGGAUUAUCGGUCCGGAUCUCCACACAGCACAGACAGGUCUUGCGCGAAAUGGACCAGGCCGAUGGGCUGCUCAGUCUCCUGACCACUGUCCAGGCAGAUGGGCGGGCCUGAAUGGACAUUCGUUUGCAGAAGACCCGAAGAUCUUUUGUCGCAGGCAGAAGGCGAGCGGUGGAGUCGAGACCUUCGGCCUGUCCUGCCCUUCCUCUCCACGGCAAAGCCUGGGACCGCGUGCAAAAGCCUUGCCACUGUCCCCGAGAAGCACUCACAGGAGUAUACUCUCUCCAGCUUCGGAGGCGAAUUCGCCCAGUCCAUCGCGGAGCCUGCCAGGGCCAUCCGCCCUGCCAAAGGGCGCAGGUGCAAAACGGGCUGACGGAACGAUUUCCACACCUAGCCGCAAAGCAGGUAUGGAAGAGAAAAAAGAAGGCACAAGUCCGCAAGUGCAGCCGAAGGAAGUCAGGAUGGAGCUGUCCAAAGAAGGCAGCUUGGGUGCAGCGCGCACCCAAAGCUUCAAGCCGCCCACAAGAGCUACCAGCCCUCGAAGCCGGCGGUCAGCAAGCCCGUCACGAGCUACAAGCCCGUCACGUGCUGAAAGGGGCAUUGUCUGGCGACCUUGA